AUGGAACCAAAAGGGAUAUCGAAUAGGGUUUUUUCUAUGCCAACAAUCCCCAGUGUCACGGUUUGUUGUUGUUUCUUCGUCAUACUGAACCAUCUGGUAUCAAGACCUAUACCUGAUGCAAGCUCCAUUAUAAUAUAUUCAGCUCCAACUGCAUUUUCGUCGGUUGCUGACCACCCAUAUACUUUCGGGACAGGUAUCCCCUUUGAGCGAAGAAACGCAAGUGUUGCAACUUCGCUGGCAGUGGCAUACUUUCUUGGUACCGAGAGAGGAUACGGAAUCUUGACAACCAACUGCAGUCCGUUUUCAAGUGUCGCAUUGAGAAUUCGGUUGAAACCGCCCUCGCCGAGCUUCGCGAGAUUGGUAACUUUGGCACCGGUAUGCUUGGUCACUGCCUCUUUAAGGGCAGUCACGUCAAAUUCGACAUAUCUUUCUCGCAACCGUAGGUCUUCAUUGUAUAAAAAUCGUCCUGAUGUAUAUGAAAAAAGAUCGUGCGUAGGUUUCGAAGCUGCUAUACAGCAAGUCGAUUAG